AUGCUGAAUACCUUCUUCAUUCCCAUGCUCAAUCACCCAGGAAAUCAAGUGGGCUGGCCGGAAACUGUUAAAGAAGAUGUAAAGAAGCACAUGGCUGAAUUCAAGAAUCACGUAGAAGAGAUUCGCGGAGCUGUCAAAGGAGAAACUAUUCUUCCUAUGCCAACUGGCUAUAAUGACAUCUACACAACAAUCUCAAUCUUCGUCGAUACUUCGGGAGAAUCUGUCAACAGUGAUUUUAAAACCAAAAUCGAAAAUAUGGUUGUUGAAUGGACACAUAUUUGCAGAGAAGUGAUUAAGGAAAAUUCUAAAAAUGCCUUUGUGGAUGGUUCACAUCCAACACCAAUGACAGAGAUCGAUUUCUGGAAGAAGCGGUUUGAUAAUUUUCAAAAUAUCUACGACCAACUCAGCGAUCCCAGGGUUAAGAAAAUGGCCGAAUAUUUAGAAAUGACCGGAAGUUCCUAUCUGAAGAUGUUCAAAUCAUUAUUUAGAAACGUUGUAUCAACUCUCUUGGAGGCGAAGGAUAUCACUAUACAUCUGAAACCACUAAUACCACACAUUCGGAGGUUCGAAGAGAACGACUUUCUAGACAUGAAAAACCACAUAAAACCACUGAUCCAUGUUGUUGCUUUGAUUUGGGCGAAUUCGAAAUAUUACGCAUUUUCAGCGAAAAUUGUCACGUUAUUUCGGCAAAUUGCCAAUCUGCUUAUAGAAUCCGUAGUCAGAAGCCUCGAUCCGCAAUCAAUUUUUCUAGGAGAAGCUGAGGAUAUAUUUGACAAAGUCACAAGAACUACAGAAAUACUGAAACUAUUCCUGAAUUCCUUCGAAUACGUGAGAGAGAAUCUACCAAGCUAUUAUAAGAAAGUCAAAGAUCCAAACCCGCAACCUUGGAAUUUCCAUAGAAGAACAGCCUUCCAAAGACUAAUAGAAUUUGUGGACAGGCUCAACUUAGUGAAGAAAAUUCUCUCAGCCAACAUUGAUUACAGCAAGUUGGAGAGAGUUGAGGUGGGAGGGCUAAAAGGGAAAUAUCUAUCGGUGAAAUGUGAGGAAAUAUUUUCGGAUUUCGGGAGAAUAUACAGGGUAUUUCAAAACGUAACCUACGAUACUCUUGACGUUGAGGAUCACUCUAUACAUGACGAUUACAAGAUUUUCGAAGAGAAAUGUGCAGAUAUAGAUAACAGAUUAGCCUCAGUGUUUCACCAAGCAUUCAUAGAUUGCCAUAACUUAGAUGCAUAUUUCAAAUUGAUUAAUAUAAUUGGAAAUUUAAUCGAUAGGACUAUGGUUCGAGUGGAGGUGACACGAGCUAUAAAAAAGAUCGCUGAAAAAAUGGAUGAAGAAGUAGAUGAAGUGAAAAAGAUCUACGAUCACGGUGAAUCACACGGUAUACAGGUGGACAAAUACUAUCCACCUAUCGCUGGUCGUAUAUACUGGUAUCAAAAGCUCCUGGAAAGGGUGUCCAAACCGGAAAAAAAUUUCCUUCAGUUGGAGAACGAAAUUUUGGAGACCGAAGAGGUUAAAUACAUGAUGGGAAAAUAUAAGCAGAUGCGGCAGAUUUUGAAUGAUUCCAUCCUUAAGACCUUAGAAGAGUGGAUAGAGAGAUCUCGUGUAGACAUACAGGACUCUUUAGAUAGGACACAGCUUACCAAAGACGGUGACAAGAACGAGUUGAGAGUUAAUCUCGAUCCCAGAUUGCAGGCAGUGCUCAGAGAAAUGCGCUAUUUGACUCAAAUGGGAAUUGAAAACUUGCCAGAGGAAGCCAGAGAAGUGUUUGAGCUAGUUGAAUCACUCUACGAGUCUUACAUACGCUUGAUAAGGAUUGAAGAGUACUACAACUUCAUGAAGAACAGCACUCUAGAAGUUGAAUACAACAUGAUAUCAAGUGAAAUGGAGAAGAUUGAUGCGAUGUUGGAUCCUUUGCUGACCAUGAUUACGUGGAACGAUAAUGACCCUCAGAACAUCGACGUCAUGUAUGAGAUAGUCAAGUACCUUUACGAUAGAGUGAAAGAAGCACAAUCAAACUCCAACCAUCUAAUGAACAGUAUAAAGGCGUGGUCAAGCGUUCCCAUUUUCGAAAGGAAAGACGGAAAGAAGGAAAACCUACUUAGCAUCGAUGACAGAAACGAAAGGGUGCAUAAACGUUACGACCAGAUAAACGCGUGCACCCAAGAACUCAAAAACGUGCUCUACCACAACUACCAUCUAUACUUCGACCUACCCUAUACGCCACCUCCCACACCGCCCUCUGAAUUAAUACAGAAAAUGGAUUUGGAACACACCCAAGACGAUGAGAGUGCCUCGGCUGGGGGCUCUAUGCCUUCUACCGAUGAAGAAGACGACGAUGAUGUUCAGAGACCGAAAACCAUAAAAAUCCUCACGGAAGGAACGACAUCGAGGGCAGAAACAUCUGAAGACAAAUUCAACAAGCGGAGAGAAUUCAUACAAGCUAGUAGUCAGAAACUACAUAAGUACCAGGUAACAGAAACGGAUAGCAUUGUCACAAUAGAAGAGCUCACUCAACCUCCGGAAGCUGAUAUAUCUGCGAAAUGGGACGCUUACCUUCUUUCUUUAGAUACCCUGAUCGUUUCCGAAUUCAUCGAAGCCGUCGUAGUAUCCCAAAACUAUUUCUUGAAUGAGAUGGGAGACUACGUGCCAGUCACGCCGUUUCUCGAGGUUUCUAUGGAGUUGAAAGAACCCAACAUCAUCUUCAACCCUUCAGUGGACAAAAAGUCACCUCCUAAUUUCCUAACGAUGAUCGAAGAUAUGCUGAAGGAUAUGUAUAAUAUGGGAUUGUACAUGGAAAGAAUCGAUCCCACAAGCACCACAGAAAAUUUUUACAACGACAUCAUGCUCGACGAAUGUGUCAAAGACAAUCAAGAAGAAAUAACUUCGAGAAUUAUUUUGGCUAUGAAUAAAGCAGCGAGCUACGAGCGCAAAUUCGACGUUUACGCUCCGCUCUGGAUGGACGACAGACAAGAAUUUCUCAAUCAGUUUCUUAAGUAUUCAAGAAGACUAACACCUGAAGAAAAGCAGCAACUGAAGGAUGAAGAUGCUCCCCCACUUAAGGAAACACCUCCUACAAUGGCUCUUUUCAAGAAAAGCAUUGAUUUUUACGACAAACUAUAUGACGAGGUAAAAAAUCUCCCAACGGAGGAACUUAUAGAAGGUGGUUGGUUAAGGAUAGUAAUAAGACCUUUGAGACAGGCUAUCCUCAAUGUGAUAUGUAAAUGGAGCAACCUGUUCAAACAGCAUUUAUACAACCACGUGAUUAAGAGCUUGAACGACUUGGAUGCUUUCAUUGCCGAAUCAACGAGCGUUAUGUUGACUCCAUUGGAACCGAAUGACGUUGAAGGUCUCUUGAAGAUAAUGAAGUAUCUCUUCAAAGUGAAGGAGAUGAUGGUGGAGACUGACGGUAUGUUCAAGCCGUUGAGGGAUAUAAUGGACCUGUUGCUUUCGUAUCAAGUUGAAUUUCCGGAGGAAAUUUAUUUGCAGUUGCAAGAAAUACCAGAUCGGUGGAUGUAUUGUAAGAAGGUUGCAGCAACGACAAAACAGGCAGUGGCACCCCUACAGGCAGUCCAGAUAAACUCCAUCAAGAAGAGAAUCAGAGUGUUCGAAACACGAGUAACAUUCUACCGGAAUCAAUUCAAACGCGAUAGGCUCUUCAGAUACUCAUGCCGGAAUGUUUAUUCGAGGGUGGAUAACAACCAUUCCAUCAUCGAAGAUUUCGAAAAGGAGGAAAAACAGUUAGUGGAGGACGGAAACGUGUUCGACAUCGUCGUGGAGGAAUUAAAACCGAUAAAGCAGAGCAAAAAGGAACUCAAACAGAUCAAACAGCUCUGGGAUUACAUCAACAUGAUGAACUCUUGCAUAGACCAAUGGAGAGCGACCCCGUGGAAGAAGAUAGAUGUGGAAAAUAUGGAAUUGUCGUGCAAAAAGUUCGCGAAAGAUUUGAGGGCCAUGGAUAAGGAGACGAGAGGUUGGGAUGUAUUUAUAAAAGGAGAGGCUUCUAUAAAAAAUCUACUCACUUCGCUUAGAGCUGUUACGGAGCUGCAGAAUCCUGCGAUUAGGGAGAGGCAUUGGCAGCAACUUAUGCAAGCUACCAAGGUGCGUUUCGUAAUGAGUGAAGAGACAACGUUGAACGAUCUCCUGGCCUUGAACUUACACGAAUACGAGGAGGAAGUCAAAACUAUCGUAGAUAAAUCCGUCAAAGAGAUGGGAAUGGAAAAGAUUCUCAAGGAAUUGAACGCCACAUGGAGCACUAUGUCAUUCAAUAUUGAACCCCAUGCCAGAACUGGCGUUCAAUUGCUGCUAAUUUCCGAAGAACUGAUAGAAACGCUGGAAGAUAACCAAUCCGCACUACAAAAUAUGAUGAGUUCGAAAUUUAUUGGCUUCUUUUUGGAAGAGGUAACCGAUUGGCAAAUAAAAUUGUCGACUGCUGAUCAGGUUAUACAGGCUUUCAUGGAGGUUCAGCGUAAGUGGAUGUACCUAGAAAGUAUUUUCAUAGGCUCAGAAGACAUACGCAUCCAGCUACCUGAAGAUUCUAAGCGUUUCGAUUUUAUCGAUAAGGAAUUCAAGGAUAUCCUUUCCACUCUGGGCAGAAACUUGAACGUCGUACAGGCUACCAAUCAACCAGGUCUUUUCGACAGGUUGGAUAAGCUGACGGAACAACUUACUUUGUGCGAGAAAGCUCUAAACGAUUAUUUGGAGACGAAACGAUUGGCCUUCCCAAGAUUCUAUUUCGUCUCUUCGGCCGACCUCUUGGAUAUUCUCUCGAAUGGCAACCAGCCAGAACUCAUCCAGAGGCACCUGACCAAACUUUUUGACUCGUUGGCUAGGCUCAGUUUCGAGUCCAACUCGAAAAAGGCCUAUAAUAUGAAAUCGAAGGAGAAUGACGAGUACGUCAAACUGGUUUCACCCCUGGAAUGUGUCGGAAAAGUGGAAAUUUGGCUGAAUAAACUCAUUGAAGUGAUGAGGAAAACCCUGCGUUCGUGUCUGGAUGAUGCUAUUGGCUCUUACGAAGAAAAACCCAGAGAAUUGUGGAUUUUCGACUACCCUGCCCAGCCUGCACUUUGCACGCAAAUAUGGUGGACAACAGAGGUAAAUCUUGCAUUUGCAAGGUUAGAGGAAGGUUAUGAAAGUGCACUUAAAGAUUAUCAGAAGAAACAAAUAACGCAAUUGAAUGCACUCAUCAACUUGCUACUAGGUGAUUUAACACCAGGCAACCGACAGAAAAUAAUGACCAUAUGUACUAUAGAUGUUCAUUCAAGGGAUGUGGUCUUCAAGAUGAUUGUCGCUAAAGUGGAGAACUCUCAAGCUUUUCAGUGGCAGAGUCAGCUGAGGCACCGGUGGGAUUCCAAGCUCAGAGAUUGCUUUGGAAAUAUUUGUGAUGCUCAGUUCAGGUACCAAUACGAAUACCUUGGUAAUACUCCACGUUUAGUCAUCACUCCCUUGACUGAUAGAUGUUACAUAACCCUAACACAAAGUCUUCAUCUGAUCAUGGGAGGAGCUCCGGCUGGUCCAGCAGGUACGGGUAAGACAGAAACUACCAAAGAUCUCGGAAAAGCACUUGGCGUCAUGGUCUACGUCUUCAAUUGUUCUGAGCAAAUGGACUAUAAGUCGAUAGGAAAUAUUUACAAGGGACUUGCUCAAACUGGUUGUUGGGGUUGCUUCGACGAAUUCAACAGGAUCUCUAUAGAAGUCCUGUCAGUGGUCGCUGUUCAAGUUAAGACUAUUCAAGAUGCGAUAAAGGAGGGGCGUAAGAAAUUCAAAUUUUUGGGAGCCAAGAUUCAGCUGAUACCAACGAUAGGAAUCUUUAUCACCAUGAACCCUGGUUAUGCUGGUCGUACUGAGCUGCCAGAAAAUUUGAAAGCACUCUUCAGACCUUGCGCAAUGGUAGUACCCGACUUUGAGUUGAUAUGCGAGAUAAUGUUAGUAGCUGAAGGCUUUCAAGAGGCUAGACUGCUCGCUCGUAAAUUCAUAACGUUGUAUACUCUCUGUAGAGAACUAUUGAGCAAACAAGAUCACUACGAUUGGGGUCUCAGAGCGAUCAAAUCAGUUUUGGUGGUUGCUGGAGCGUUGAAGAGAGGCGACAGAUUGAGACCAGAAGAUCAAGUGUUGAUGAGAGCUUUACGAGAUUUCAACAUUCCGAAGAUAGUGACGGAAGACGUACCAGUUUUCAUGGGUCUGAUAGGCGAUCUGUUCCCAGCGUUGGACGUGCCGAGAAAAAGAAAUAUGGAGUUGGAGAAAUCCAUAAGAAAUGCUGCGAUUGACAGUCAGUUACAGCCCGAAGAAGGAUUCAUUCUGAAGAUAGUGCAAUUAGAUGAACUGCUAGCAGUUCGACACUCCGUCUUCAUUGUUGGUUUUACAGGAACUGGAAAAAGCAUGGUGUGGAAAACAUUGUACAGAACUUACCAAAUACAGAAACGGAAACCGUUUUAUAACGAUUUGAACCCUAAAGCUGUAACAAACGACGAGUUGUUCGGUGUCAUUAAUCCAGCUACCAGGGAAUGGAAAGAUGGUCUGUUUUCUAAUAUCAUGAGAGAUCAGACGAAUUUAACAGGAGAAGGACCAAAGUGGAUUGUGCUCGAUGGAGAUAUAGAUCCAAUGUGGAUCGAGUCCCUUAACACACUUAUGGACGACAACAAAGUACUCACGCUGGCCAGCAACGAAAGAAUAGCGCUGACCAAACAUAUGAGACUUCUUUUCGAGAUAGCGACCUUACGAACGGCAACUCCAGCUACAGUUUCCAGGGCUGGAAUUCUAUAUAUUAAUCCAGCAGAUUUAGGAUGGAACCCGUAUGUUGCCUCCUGGAUAGAGCAACGUUCAUCGCAAAGCGAAAAAACUAAUCUUUCCAUACUAUUCGAUAAGUAUGUUCCCCCUUGUUUGGAGACUUUGAGAGGAAAAUUCAAGAAAAUAACGCCAAUUUCCGAUAUAGCUCAUCUUCAGAUGCUCUGCUUCCUCUUGGACAGUUUCUUGACCCCACAGAAUAUUUCUCCUGAUAGUCCCAAGGAAUGGUAUGAGAUAUAUUUCGCAUUUGCCGUAGUAUGGGCCUUCGGCUCUUGCCUGUUCCAAGACCAGAUAACAGAUUGGAGGAACGAGUUCAGCAGAUGGUUCUUGAACGAAUUCAAGACGGUCAAGUUCCCGACAACUGGAAAUGUUUUUUCCUACUAUAUCGACUCGGAAACGAAAAAAUUCCUGCCAUGGAGUGACCUUGUUCCUGAUUUUCAAUUCGAUCCAGAUAUACCCCUCCAGGCAACACUAGUAGAAACCAACGAAACUACUAGAAUCCGUUUUUUUGUUCAACAUUUGACUAAUAAAAAAAUACCGGUCAUGUUGGUUGGACCUCCUGGUAGUGGAAAAAGCGUUAUUUUGAAUGCCAUAAUGGAAAAUCUCUCAGACAAUUAUCUUGUAACUAGAAUUCCUUUCAAUUUCUACACCACGUCUGAACUCCUCCAACGAAUUUUAGAAAAACCCCUUGAAAAAAAGGCUGGUAGAGCAUUUGCUCCAGUUGGGGGCAAAAAUAUGAUUUAUCUGAUAGAUGACAUGAACAUGCCAGAAGUUGAUAAAUAUUUUACUGUGCAACCACAUACACUUAUCAAACAAUAUAUGGACUACCAGCAUUGGUACGAUCGUCAAAAGCUUGCUCUGAAGGACAUACAUAAUGUUCAGUUUAUAUCGAGCAUGAAUCCGAAUGCCGGCAGUUUCACCAUAGAUCCCAGAUUGCAGCGUCAUUUUUGCGUCUUUGCCGUCAGUUUUCCAACGCAUGAAUGUUCACUGCAUAUUUAUAAUAGCCUUUUGUCUGAGCAUUUCAAGAACCCACUGUUGAAAUUCUCACCAUCUGUCACGAGAAAAUGCCAGAACAUUGUCGAUUUAGCUCUUUCUCUACACGCCAAAGUAGCUCAGAAUUUUCUCCCAACAGCCAUAAAAUUCCAUUACGUUUUCACCUUACGAGAUGUGUCGAAUGUUUUUCAGGGACUUCUCUUCUCAACAGGAGAUUCAGUGAAGUCUUAUAAAGAUUUGGUGCGAUUAUGGUUACACGAAACACAUAGAGUCUAUGAAGAUAAGAUGGUUGAUAAGACAGACAUGGGUAACUUCAAGAAGAUAAUCAGAGAUACUCUGAGACAGUAUGUUGAAGAUUUAGAUGAGAGCAGUGUUUUUGCGGAACCUUUGAUAUUUAGUCAUUUCGCUCAAGGCCUAGGUGAUCCUAAGUAUUACCCUAUCAACGAAUUCUCACAUUUGAACGAUUUGCUACAAGAAGCUCUGAAUGGUUAUAACGAUUUGGUAUCGGCUAUGAACUUGGUGCUUUUCGAAGACGCCAUGUAUCAUAUUUGUAGAAUAAAUCGCAUCCUUGAGUCUCCUAGGGGUAAUGCUCUCUUGGUCGGAGUUGGAGGAUCUGGAAAGCAAUCUCUCACAAGACUCGCAGCGUUCAUAUCUUCUUUCGAUGUAUUCCAGAUUCAACUGAGUAAGACAUACGCAUUGGUCGAUUUACGUACAGAUUUAGCUACUUUAUAUCUGAAGUCUGGUCUGAAGAGUGCUGGCGUUGUCUUUCUAAUGUCCGAUGCUCAAGUAGCCAAAGAGGAAUUUCUGGUACUCAUAAAUGACAUGCUGGCAUCUGGUGAAAUAUCCGAUUUACUACCAGACGAAGAUUUAGAAAACGUUAUAUCUACUGUAAGAGGUGAGGUGAAGAAUCUAGGAUUGGAGGAUACUAGAGAAAAUUGCUGGAAAUUCUUCAUAAACAGGGUGAGAGGCUUGCUAAAAUGUGUUCUUUGUUUUUCUCCAGUUGGCGCCACUCUCCGCGUUCGUGCAAGAAAAUUUCCAGCUAUCGUUAAUUGCGUUUCUAUAGAUUGGUUCCAUGAGUGGCCUCAAGAAGCACUACUAUCCGUAUCCGCAAGAUUCUUGUCAGAAAUACCAUAUUUACCAGAAGAGUUGGUGGAUUCUGUAGCUAUUUUCAUGUCAUACGCUCAUGGUAAAGUGAAUGAUAUGUCUAAAGUGUAUUUAAACAAUGAAAAGAGAUAUAACUACACAACCCCGAAAUCAUUUCUCGAACAGAUUGCGCUAUACUCAAAACUGAUCAGCGAGAAAAAUUUGACUUUGACAACGAGCAUUGAAAGAUUGAAAUUAGGUCUGGCAAAGCUAGAUUCAACAUCUGAGGAAGUCGAUGGUUUGAAACGUAUACUAGCAUCACAGGAAGUAGAGUUGAAGGAGAGAAACGAAUCAGCAAGUAAACUGAUCUCAGUUUUGUCAGCGGAAAAUGAAAAAGUUGCAGCAGAGCAAGCUGUGGCCACGGAAGAAGAGGCCAAAGUGAAACUAAUCGAGGAAGAUGUUACUGAGAAACAGCAAAUAUGCGCAGAUGAUUUAGCUAAGGCUGAACCUGCCCUUCUUGCUGCGAAGGAAGCUUUGAACACAUUGAAUAAAAAUAACUUGACGGAAUUGAAGUCUUUCUCAACUCCGCCAGAUGCCGUUGCCAAUGUUUGCGCCGCAGUAUUAGUUUUAUUUUCCUCAAAAGGAAAACUGCCGAAAGACAGAUCAUGGAAAGCAUGUAAAAUGAUGAUGGGCAAAGUAGAUCAAUUUCUCAAUGAUUUGAUCAAUUACGAUAAAGACAAUAUCAAUCCAGACGUUGUGAAAGCUGUAUACGAGUAUCUCAAAGAUCCUCAAUUCGAACCUCAAAAUAUAUAUUCUAAAUCUCUGGCAGCCGCGGGGCUCUGCUCAUGGGUGAUCAAUAUAAUAAAAUAUCAUGAAGUUUACGUUGUUGUGGAACCGAAGAGGCAAGCACUUAUGAAAGCAAAUAAAGAACUUCAAGACGCUAGAGCUAAGCUUGCUGCUCUCAACGAGAAGCUGAGUUUGUUGGAGGAAAAACUUUCUGUUCUCAGAGCAGACUUUGAUAUGGCUAUAACAGCCAAGAUGAAGUGUCAAGCAGAAGCUGAUGCUACAACAUUGAUGAUCGACCUCGCAAAUCGUCUUGUCACGGGAUUAGCAUCAGAAAGAAUUAGAUGGAAAGAAUUGAUGACAAAUUAUGCUGCACAAAUCUCCACCCUACCAGGAGAUGUCCUACUGAUCUCAUCCUUCAUUUCUUAUGUAGGAUGUUUCACGAGGAACUACCGCCAAGCUCUCUUGAAGAAAUAUUGGGUACCGUUCCUAUUGAAUUUGGAGGUUCAAAUUCCAAGAUCUGAAGAACUAGAUCCUCUUUCACUUCUAACUGAUGAUGCUCUAAUAGCUCAAUGGAACAAUGAUGGACUACCGACCGAUAGAAUGUCAGCUGAAAACGCUUGCAUACUUCUCAAUUCUUCUAGAUGGCCUCUUAUCAUUGAUCCUCAAUUGCAAGGAAUAAAUUGGGUGAAAAAUAUGUACGGCGAAUCUUUAAAGAUUGUACGGCUUUCCAUGAGAAAUUAUUUGGACGUUCUAGAACUUUGCAUAAGUCAGGGUUCUGUUGUUCUUUUGGAGAACAUUGGAGAAACAGUUGAUUCUGUUUUGGAACCAAUACUUGGAAGAGUUCUGAUAAAGAAAGGAACAGCAAUUAAAAUAGGUGAUCGAGAAGUUGACUAUGAUCCAAAAUUUAGGCUUAUUAUUCACACUAAACUAGCGAACCCUCAUUACAAACCGGAAAUUCAGGCACAAACAACGCUAAUUAAUUUCACGGUUACGAGAGAUGGUCUUGAAGAACAGUUACUAGCUACUGUGGUUAAUGCGGAGAGACCAGAAUUGGAAGAACUGAAAUCGAAUCUGACGAAGCAAGAGAACUUAUUCAAAAUCACUUUGAAGAAGUGCGAAGACAAUCUCCUUUACAAAUUAUCAACUGCAACUGGAAAUAUUUUGGGAGAUGUGGAAUUAGUGGAAAAUCUAGAAACAACGAAGAAGACAGCAAAUGAAAUUGUGACGAAGGUAAAAGAAGCCAAAUCAACUACCGCUAAAAUCGAUGAAGCUAGGGAGCAAUAUAGAUCGUGUGCAGCUAGGGCAGCAUUGUUAUAUUUUGUACUUAAUGACCUGAACAAAAUCAACUCCAUGUAUCAAUUUUCUCUAAAAGCAUUCAGCGUUGUAUUCAAGGAGGCAAUAAGGAAAGCUGAAAGAUCUGAUAAAAUCAAAGAACGGGUUGAGAACUUACUAGACAGUAUAACGUUCUGUGUUUACAUGUAUACGAGCAGAGGUCUUUUCGAACGCGACAAACUCACUUUCUUAGCACAUAUGUCUUUCCAAAUCCUCAUCAACUCUGAAGAAAUCGACCCAGAACAUUUGGACUUCUUACUGCGGUUUCCAGUCAUUCCUGGUGUAGUAUCUCCAGUAGAAUUUCUGACCAACACUUCAUGGGGUGGUAUCAAAUCAUUGUCGCAGCUUGAUGAAUUGAGGAAUCUGGAUAAGGAUCUUGAAGGCUCGGCGAAAAGAUGGAAGAAGUUUGUAGAAAGUGGAAAUCCAGAACGAGAAAAAUAUCCAGGAGAAUGGAAAAAUAGAAAAGAAAUACUUCAACUCUGCAUGAUGCGUGCUUUGAGACCAGAUCGAAUGACAUAUGCUGUGAAGGUGUUCGUAGAAAAUAAUUUAGGUGUGAAGUACACGACCGCUAGAUCAGAAGACUUCGAAAAAUCAUAUCAAGAAACUAGUAAUUCAACUCCAACAUUCUUCAUCCUCUCACCAGGAGUUAACCCACUGAAGGAUGUCGAAUUGUUGGGAAAAAAAUUGGGCUUCACAAAUCGCAAGGGUAAUUUUCACAGUGUGUCUCUAGGACAAGGUCAGGAGAUCGUUGCCGAAACAUCAUUAGAUUCAGCUUCUUCCUCUGGUCAAUGGGUCAUACUAGAGAACAUACAUUUGGUAACAAAAUGGUUGCCGACGCUAGAGAAAAAGAUGGAGCAAAUAUGCGAGAAGUCUCAUACAGAUUUCAGGCUCUUUCUGAGCGCCGAACCCUUGGCAGAUCCUCAUGCCUGUGUCAUUCCCCAAGGAAUUUUGGAAACUUGCAUCAAAAUAACCAACGAACCACCCACUGGAAUGUUUGCCAACCUACACAAAGCUCUGGACAAUUUCGGCCAAGAAACGUUGGACAUGUGCACCAAAGAGUCAGAGUUCAAAGCGUUUUUAUUUGCACUUUGCUAUUUUCAUGCGGUGGUUGCUGAAAGGAGAAAAUUUGGUCCACAAGGAUGGAAUAGAAAUUAUCCUUUCAACGUAGGAGACCUCACGAUAAGUGUUAACGUUCUGUAUAAUUAUUUGGAAAGUAAUAAUAAAGUACCCUAUGACGACCUGAGAUAUUUAUUUGGAGAAAUAAUGUAUGGUGGACACAUCACUGAUGACUGGGACCGUCGGUUGUGCAGAACGUAUUUGGAAGAGUACUUGAAACCGGAGUUGAUAGAGGGUGAACUAGAGUUAGCACCAGGUUUUCCAGCACCACCAAAUUCCGAUUACGAUGGUUAUCAUAAGUAUAUAGACGAGAGUUUACCUCCUGAAAGCCCUUACUUAUAUGGUUUGCAUCCAAAUGCUGAAAUAGGAUUCCUAACGCAGUCUUCAGAGGAGAUGUUUAAAAUAAUUUUCGAGCUUCAACCAAGAGACUCUGGAGCAGCUGCAGGAUCUGGAUUAUCUCAAGAAGAUAAGGAGGAGGAGCUUUUGUCAAAAACUCAGCAUCUGAAAAAAUUUUAUUUUCAGGUAAAAGGAAUCAUAGAAGAUAUACUCGAUAAAAUUCCAGAACCCUUCCCCAUUCAAGAUAUGUUCUCCAAAUUGGAAGAUAAAUCACCAUUUGCCAUAGUUGCCCUCCAAGAAUGCGAGAGAAUGAACAUUUUGUGUUCGGAGAUGCGAAGAAGCCUCAGGGAAUUGGAUUUGGGUCUUAAGGGAGAGCUGACAAUUACGCAAGAUAUGGAGAUGUUGCAGCAGUCUCUCUUCUUGGACCAAGUUCCGGAUAUAUGGUCCGUUAAGGCAUAUCCCAGUCUUCUGCUGUUGGGUUCUUGGAUUGCCGAUCUCUGCGCCAGAAUCAAAGAGUUGGAAGGUUGGGUGACCGAUUUCUUGUUGCCACCAGCGGUUUGGCUGGGUGGGUUUUUCAAUCCUCAGUCCUUUUUGACGGCGAUUAUGCAGCAAACGGCUAGAAGAAAUGAGUGGCCAUUGGAUAAGAUGUGUCUACUAACAGACGUGACGAAAAAACAGAAGGAAGAUUUUACUGUUGCUCCUAGAGAUGGAGCUUAUGUGCAUGGUUUAUACAUGGAAGGCGCAAGAUGGGACCCGAUGUUAAAUAGUAUUGUCGAUGCCAAACUGAAAGAUUUAUUCCCAAUUAUGCCGGUAGUUUAUAUAAGAGCGAUAACCCAGGACAAGCAAGAUUUGAGGAAUAUGUACGAUUGUCCUGUAUACAAGACAAGGAUGAGAGGGCCAACUUUCGUAUGGACCUUCAACUUGAAAACGAAGGAGAAACCUUCGAAGUGGACCCUGGCUGGAGUUGCUUUGCUGCUCCAGAUAUGAAGAGAGUUAAAUUUUAGAUAUUUCGAUUCAGUAUAAGUAUUGUUUUGUGUUUC